CUCUCUCUCUCUCUCUCGGGUCUGUAUUUUGCUCUGCGUCAUAAGCAAAACUCGAUGUAGAAAUGGCGUCUCUAAGCGUUUGAUUGUACUGUAUAUAAACACACACACACACACACACACACACACACACACACACACACACACACACACAAGUAACACUGCGGACCAGCAGCCGGCCAGCCGGACCGUGACGGCGAGGAGACGCGCUUGCGAGAGGACAGACCGACACGCACGCUGCGGGUCCACCGAGCCAACUUCGGGGUUUGUUUGCUUAGCCUCAGAUGCCCGAGUUUUACCGAACCGAAUCGAACCGGAGAUAGGCCAAACUGCACAGAGAGAGAGAGAGAGAGAGAGAGAGAGAGAGACAGAGAGAGAGAGAAGAAGAAGAAGAAGGGGCGGGCCAGGUAAUUAAUUCGAGUCGGAACCGAAAAGGAGAGAGACAGAGAGAGUCUAGGUCUAGGAGCUUGGAAAAGAGAUAAAAAAGGGGCCGAAGUGAUGUGAUGGACAGCCAGGGCUCCUCUGGAGGUCAGAGUUGGAAGGUCGCGCAAGGUCACGGGGUGACAGAGGGGGAUGACGUUCUGGCGCGCUGGAGUGAUGGCCUGCUGUACCUGGGGACUGUGAAGAGGGUUGACAGAGUGAAGCAGUCCUGUCUCGUCCGUUUUGAAGACAACUCAGAGUUCUGGGUGCUGUGGAAAGACAUUCACUCCUCGGUGGCCCCCGGGAUGGAGGGAGUGUGCUGCGUGUGUCAAGGAGAGGAGUGCGCAGGCAAGAGCAGGAUCGUCAACUGUCACAAGUGCAGACACGGGUAUCACCCUCAGUGUCACUCUCCUCGUAUUGACUCUGAUCUCGAUGGCUCUCCCUGGAUCUGCAGACAUUGUGUCUUCGCAGUGGCCACCAAGAGGGGGGGCGCUAUGAAGAAGGGUCGCUUUGCUCGCCUCAUGCAAGCUAUGAAGCUGCUUCUGCCCUAUCAGCUGGCAGCUCUGGACUGGGACCCCCAGCACCUGACCAAUCAGCAGCAGUGUUACUGUUACUGUGCCGGCCCUGGGGAGUGGAAUCUCAAGAUGCUGCAGUGCUGUUGUUGUGGUCAGUGGUUUCAUGAGGCCUGCACUCAGUGUCUGACCAAACCACUUCUGUAUGGAGACAGGUUCUACCAGUUUGAGUGCUCAGUCUGCACGCGAGGACCAGAAACCAUUAAGAGACUGGCCAUGAGCUGGGUAGAGAUCGCUCAUCUGGUUCUGUACCACCUCAGUCUUUGCUGCAAGAAGAAAUAUUUUGAUUUCGACCGAGAGAUCCUCUCCUUCGUCAACGAAAACUGGGAUUCACUGAUGCUGGGAUCUCUGGCAGACACCCCCAAAUCAGAGCGCUGUGAGCAUCUCCUGUCUGCCCUCAACAACCAGAGAGACAGGUUUGUUUCUGGUAAAGAGAUCAAAAAGAAAAAGUGUCUCUUUGGGCUGCAGCUCCGAGCCCCGCCCCCACUGACCUCCGACCUCACACCUGUGACCCCCGACCCCCCCUGUGUGAUGUCACGAGGGGGAGGGGCUUCCCAUCCCAGAAGGAGUGUGUCUCUCUCUGUCGCCCCUCCCCUCAGCCCCCUGGUGGAGCACCCACUGGGGCAGGGCAGGGACCGGCGCUCUGAACCCGAGUCUAGAACCCUUGAACUUCGGAACCGAAAAGCCAGGAGAGCAUUGACCCGGGCCGUGAACCAGGACGCCGUGCCCAAUCCUGUGAGCCCGAGUCAGUGUUACCAGGGUUACGGGGGUGGGGGCAGUUUAUACAACUUGUGGAAGCCGGAGGAGCGUUGGGGUCAAGGCUCUCCCCCUAAGAAGAUGUUUGCCUCGUUCCACCCCUCAGCCAGCACAGUCUCCCAGUUCAGCUGCCCUUCUCCCAGUUCAAAGUACCAGUACAGUGCUGAAGACAGCCUGUACCGCCACAAACAGGAAGCCUCCAGCGGCCAUGACCUCACUUCCUGCCCCUGCAGCUGCCCCCCCAGCCCUGCCUCUGGCGAGGGGGGGGCGAGGGAGGCGGUGCGGGUCCUGGCGCGCCGGGUCACUGUGGACGGGACGGUGCAGUACCUGGUCGAGUGGGGCAACAUCAACGUCUUCUGAGGGUCCCACCCUGCAUCAAACACCUGAGGGGUUCAGUAACACAUCGCUCUGAGAAACCCCUCCUUCUGAGGGUCCCACCCUGCAUCAAACACCCGAGGGGUUCAGUAACACAUCGCUCUGAGAAACCCCUCCUUCUGAGGGUCCCACCCUGCAUCAAACACCCGAGGGGUUCAGUAACACAUCGCUCUGAGAAACCCCUCCUUCUGAGGGUCCCACACCGCAUCAAACACCUGAGGGGUUCAGUAACACAUCGCUCUGAGAAACCCCUCCUUCUGAGGGUCCCACCCUGCAUCAAACACCUGAGGGGUUCAAUAACACAUCACUCUGAGAAACCCCUCCUUCUGAGGGUCCCACCCUGCAUCAAACACCUGAGGGGUUCAAUAACACAUCGCUCUGAGAAACCCCUCCUUCUGAGGGUCCCACACUGCAUCAAACACCUGAGGGGUUCAGUAACACAUCGCUCUGAGAAACCCCUCCUUCUGAGGGUCCCACCCUGCAUCAAACACCUGAGGGGUUCAGUAACACAUCGCUCUGAGAAACCCCUCCUUCUGAGGGUCCCACCCUGCAUCAAACACCUGAGGGGUUCAGUAACACAUCGCUCUGAGAAACCCCUCUUCCUCUUGCAGCUUCACUCCUCAUCCUGGGGGGCAGGGGGGGUUAAAGCCCCCCUUCGGCCUCAAUAGAGCUCCCAAGCUCUUCUCAGUAACCCUUAACCUGCCCGUCUCACUUCACGUUGCCCCCUAGUGGAUUUAAGAAACACCGUGUUUGCUCUGAGUGGUAUUCCUUACUGCUGUAUUUCUUUCAUCCACUAGGGGGAAGAGUGUCGUAGGGGGCAGGUUCAUGGUUGCACUCCACAGGGAGGCUUUUUAAAAAAGGCCCCAGGAUGUGACGAGGGAAACGGUGAAUCUAAACAGGAAGUGAUGUAAGUGUGGUAUUUCAGCCCACUUUCCUCUGACAUCAGCACUGACAACAGCGUCACCUACAGGAGUGCUGACCAGCUUUACAACCCAUUCUCUUACCUCCUAUUAUCUUUAUAAACAUCCUCACUGGCUGUCUCUUUACAGCAGUGCUGACUGUCUUUACAACCCAUUCUCUUACCUCCUAUUAUCUUUGCUCCUGUGUCUCUGUCCUGUUUCCUCACUCAGUUUCGUUGCUGUAGUUCUUCCAGGUUUCAGUCUCCAGGCUGGUUCAUUGAGGAGGGAUGCGGUCGUACUGUCUGGAGCAUUUCCAGUGCUAGUAUUAUGUUCAUAUUUAGACUUCUUCUUCGCUGUACAGUACUUUGUAUUUGUCCAAUGUUGGGUAUGUUUUGUAUAUUUUUUGUUUAGUAUUGUUUGAAACAUUUGAAAACGAUGUUACAGAAACUGUGCAUAAUGUUGGAUUAGCUUCCGCAGGUGAAUGUAUCAUUUACAGCCUUAAAAAAGAGAUCUCCUCCUCUCUCCCCCUCCCCUCCCCCUGUCCUUCCCCCUCUCUCCUCCAUCUCUCCCCCUCCCCACUCCUCCCCUCCUUCUCUCCCCCUCCCCUCCCCUGUCCCUCCCCCUCUCUCCUUCAUCUCUCCCCCUCCCCACUCCUCCCCUCCUUCUCUCCCCCUCCCCUCCUCUCCCCAUCCCUCUCCCUCUCUCCUCCCCCCCUCUCCCCCUCUCCCGCUCCCUCCUGUCCUCUCUCAGUGUGCACUGGCACAGUCUCUCCCAUAGAGGGCAGUAUUUGGACUAUUUUGCUAAACUAGUUUGCCUCUUACUCUCCACACUCAGUAUUUUGGUUGGACAGUAUAUUUAGAAAAAUGUUUUUGUGUCUGAUCAAUACAAAGAUUUUAUAUUUCAAAUAAAUUGACAGCCUAAAUAUGGAAUUACCUUGUCAAAGAAAAUAGCAAAAAUAAACAUUCCUACCUAUAGCAGCUAUAGGGGAUUGCUGACUAUAGCAGCUAGACUAGAGCACAGUGUUUGAUUGACUGUAGCAGCUAGACUAGAGCACAGUGUUUAAUUGACUAUAGCAGCUAGACUAGAGCACAGUGUUUAAUUGACUAUAGCAGCUAGACUAGAGCACAGUGUUUGCGGUUGCUAUAGCAGCUAUGCCCCCAGUAUUAUGGUAUGUCCUGGGUGAUUUCCUGUCUGAUUUCGGCUGUCAAUGUGUAACAUACAGAGCUGAUUUUAUUGAAAUGUAUAUUUUUUGGUUUCAGAGCAAGCAUGAUGUGUGGUGACGGAACAGAUCUUUCUCUGUUCAAGAUGUUGUUAAACUUGUUCCUUUAGUAAAACUAAACCAGUUACCACAA